GGCGGAAGUAGUCUGGCAGAGUUCCACUACUGGAAGAAGAGGCUCUGCUCAGUGUACAAUUCUCCACUGAUUAGAGAGCACGGCGAUACCAUGUGGAAGUCACAUGAACCGAGAGGAUGAGCCGUAAACAAGGGGGCAGUUCCAGGAGCCAUCUGCUGCACGCUGUGAGCCACAGGGAGGAAGAGGAGGAAGAGGAGGAGGGGUGUCCUGUCCCACUGAUGUCCCCCACUCACACCCUGAAGAUUUAGGAUGAACAGCACUACUCAUCCCCCUCCCGUUAUCGAUGGGGACGUGGCAGUCAGCUAUGUGUUGGUGCCAUUCUUUCUAAUAACCAUUAUUGGGAUAGCUGCAGCUGUGAUCAUGUAUAUUCGUAGAAAAAGGAGAAUCGACAGACUCCGUCAUCAGCUACUACCGGUUUACACGUAUGAUCCUUCAGAAGAACUCAAUGAAGCUGAACAGGAAAUGCUGUGGAGAGAAGAGGACACCAGGAUUGUGCAAGGCUGGGCAAGAAGUUAUCAGCAGCGAAGGCCUCUUCUGACCAAAGACGUCACGGCGUGAUGGUCGUAAACCCGG